GGAGGAGAAAAACAUUGUCAGUCACACAGACACACAUAAUAGGCAGCAGCGGCACUCAGCUCCAUAUUCACAUCACAUUCUCUCAGCCAUAGGAGCACAACAACGUGAUUGUGUCACACAUUCUCUUCCCCUGUGUGUGUCACUGGCGCUGGUAUUUUUUUUUUACCUUCCCUACACUCUUGGGUGAUGGAAAAUAAUCUGUCAGCAGCACAGAUCGUUGGGCUGUCCCUCCUACUGCUGCUGGCUGCGGAUCAUUGCUGAGUGGGAGGGUAGGGAUGGACAUGAUCCUUCGCAUUUCUUGUUAAGGGAUCCACAUGCAGACCGUUAUCCUGCUGCAAGCUGCUUCCCAACGCUGUGCUCCUGGGGUCCUGCUGUAUUAUCAUCCCAUGUGCCUGGGCUGUUUACUGACCGACAGGGAUUAUGGUGAAAUUGCCGGCUCUCACUCCUUACUGGCCCCUCAUCCGUUUCUUGGUUCCUCUGGGGAUCACCAACAUCGCCAUCGACUUCGGCGAGCAGGCAUUAAAUCGGGGUAUUGCUGCCGUCAAGGAGGAUGCCAUUGAAAUGCUUGCUAGCUAUGGGUUGGCAUAUUCACUUAUGAAGUUUUUCACUGGUCCCAUGAGUGACUUCAAGAAUGUUGGCCUUGUAUUUGUGAACAGCAAGCGGGACCGCAUGAAGGCAGUGCUCUGCAUGGUGGUGGCCGGCAUUGUAGCUGCAGUGUUUCACACACUUAUAGCAUACAGUGACCUGGGCUAUUAUAUUAUAAAUAAGCUGCACCAUGUGGAUGAGUCUGUGGGAAAUAAGACACGGAAGGCCUUCCUUUACCUGGCAGCGUUCCCCUUCAUGGAUGCCAUGGCCUGGACGCAUGCUGGAAUUUUAUUAAAACACAAAUACAGCUUUUUAGUGGGGUGUGCUUCCAUUUCUGAUGUCAUAGCACAGGUCGUGUUUGUUGCUAUUUUGCUACACAGUCAUCUGGAAUGCAGGGAGCCACUUCUUAUCCCAAUCUUAUCUUUGUAUAUCGGAGCUCUUGUACGUUGCACCACCUUGUGCUUGGGUUACUAUAAGAACAUACAUGAUAAGAUUCCUGAGAGCAGUGGGCCGGAGAUUGGAGGAGAUGCUACAAUCAAAAAGAUGCUGAGUUUUUGGUGGCCUUUAGCAUUAAUACUGGCUACUCAGCGAAUCAGCAGACCCAUCGUGAACCUAUUUGUCUCUCGUGACCUGGGGGGCAGUGCCGCAGCCACAGAGGCAGUGGCUAUUCUUACCGCUACAUACCCAGUUGGACACAUGCCAUAUGGGUGGCUGACAGAACUUCGAGCGGUCUACCCUGCUUUUGACAAGAAUAAUCCAAGCAAUAAAUUGGUGAACAGUGCCUGCUCAGUGUCUAAAACCCAUAUCAAAAACUUUACAUUUGCUUGUAUGGCACUUUCAUUAACGCUCUGCUUUGUGAUGUUCUGGACACCUAAUGUGUCAGAGAAGAUCCUAGUUGAUAUAAUUGGAGUAGAUUUUGCAUUUGCUGAGCUGUGUGUAAUUCCAUUAAGAAUCUUCUCCUUCUUUCCAGUACCAGUUACCGUAAGAGCACACCUAACUGGUUGGUUGAUGACACUCAAGAAAACGUUUGUGUUGGCACCAAGUUCGGUCCUAAGAAUUAUCGUCCUCAUCUCUAGUCUUAUUGUCUUGCCUUACUUGGGGGUCCAUGGAGCCACCUUAGGUGUAGGUUCUCUUUUAGCUGGUUUUGUAGGAGAAUCCACUAUGGUUGCUAUUGCAUCAUGCUAUGUUUAUCGAAAGCAGAAAAAGAAGAGUGAGACUGAAAAUGCAGUGGAAGGGGAAGACUCUGCAAUGACUGACCUACCGCACAACGAAGAGCUAACAGACAUAGUUGAAAUUAGAGAGGAGGGGGAAUGAGUUGGACCUUGUAUUUCAGUGCUCUUUGCGAGAGCAGACACAAUGUUUCUCCAUGCCUUUUUUCAAGCUAUUUUUAUUUUUCAAAGGAAUUUUGGGUUGAAAAGACACCAUUUUUUUCAGCAUACUGGGUAUGCGUACCAUAGAAAGGGCCCAACAAAAGCCCUUACUUACACAAAUGGUACAGUUAACUUUACAGCCUAUGGACUUUAAAGUGGCAAUAUUGACAUGAAGAGACUUUUCCUACUUACAUACAUUAAACAUCAUUGACCAAUCCCCCAA